GCCCCAACUCCAGUCUCCUACUUUAAUAAGGGGGAAAAAUGGGUGUAGAUCAUAUUAAUAUACUCUUACUAUAAAUGUAGAUUUUCUGUGCGAAGCAGCUUUUGUAGAAGAUAGAAAUCCAUGAAGAAGUUCCCGGCCUAGAGCUCUCGAAUAUUGAUCGGGAAGUCGAAGUAGUAGAUAUGGGGGGUGUUGGCAAAAAGUGGUGUGGGUUUUGUUGCUCAUCAUCUGCAUCAUCAUCUUCUGUCAAACUUUUGAUGUUUAUGGUGGCGCCUUUGAUAGUAGUAUCUGGGCUUUUUUCUGUAUUGGGUCCGUUAACCUCCAAUUGGGUUGUCUUGUCAAACUACCCCUGGUUAUGUGGCUCUUCUACCAUGCCUACUUCUUCCCCUGUUUCAUCAGAAAAAGAGAGCAAAAAACGUUUGGAUUUUCCGUCACAGGUGGUAGUAGUAGAAGUUCACAGUAUGGAAGAAGCUACCUCCGAUGAUUCCAUGCUAAAUCGGUCGUCUACUCCUCCACACGCUAUAGAAUCUAUACAUGUACAACCUAAUGGUAUUAAGGAAGACAUGCGAAAUGUUUCCAUGAGUGGACGCAUGAGUAGCAUUGUUCCUCCAAUGAACGAAUCUCAUGUCCCAAACAUGAAAGCUAGGAGAGAUUACACCAAGUUAGAUAGACUUGAAGCUGGACUUAGAAGAGCUCGAGCUGCCAUCAAGGAAGCUAAUCAUGGAAACCAAACUCAAGAUAAUGAUUAUGCCCCGGUCGGUCCGAUGUACAGGUGUGCCAAUGCCUUUUACAGGAGCUAUCUCGAAAUGGAAAAGCAAUUCAAGAUCUUCGUGUAUGAAGAAGGGCAACCCCCAUUGUUCCAUAAUGGUCCCUGCAAGAGCAUAUACUCCACCGAAGGGUAUUUCAUCCAUGGGAUUGAGAUGAAUAAGCAGUUCAGAACCCGGGAUCCUGACAAAGCACACGUUUUUUUCCUUCCCUUCAGCGUGACAAUGCUGGUCCGAUAUGUCUAUGUGCGUGACUCGCAUGAUUUUAGUCCCAUUAAACACACUGUUACAGAUUAUGUCAAUCUCGUUGCAGGAAAGUACCCAUUUUGGAAUCGAAGCCUAGCAUCUGAUCAUUUUAUGCUGGCUUGCCAUGAUUGGGGGCCAGAAACUUCCCGUUCCACUCCUCACCUCCACAAAAACUCGAUCAGAGUUCUUUGCAAUGCUAAUACAUCUGAGGGAUUCAACCCCACAAAGGACGUGUCAUUCCCAGAAAUCAAUCUCCAAACCGGUUCAAUACAAGGAUUUAUCGGCGGGCCAUCCCCAUCUCGUAGGCCGAUCUUGGCUUUCUUUGCUGGAGGUCUCCAUGGCCCGAUUAGACCGGUCCUUUUAGAGCACUGGGAAAACAAAGAUGAAGAUAUAAGGGUGCAUAGGUACCUUCCAAAAGGCAUAUCCUACUAUGACAUGAUGAGAAAGAGCAAGUAUUGUAUCUGCCCAAGUGGGUACGAAGUUGCAAGCCCAAGAGUUGUGGAGGCCAUAUACGCAGGUUGUGUUCCUGUUCUGAUUUCAGACCACUAUGUUCCACCAUUUAGUGAUGUUUUGAAUUGGAAGUCCUUCUCUGUUGAGGUUCCGGUUAAGGAUGUUCCAAACUUGAAGAAGAUUCUGAUGGAAAUUUCCCCAAGACAACAUAUAAGAAUGCAAAGGAGGGUGGUACAGGUGAGGAGGCAUUUUGAGGUUCAUUAUCCACCUAGGCGAUUUGAUGUCUUCCACAUGAUCCUCCAUUCUGUCUGGCUUAGAAGACUCAAUGUUCGGUUCCGAAAUGAUUUCGAUGUGUUGUGACUAGUUUAUGGAUCAUCAGCUCGCUUGAAUGGUUUCCUAAUGGCUAUAAUUAAGACGCACCACCUAGAAUUUCCAUCAUCAUAAUAAGCACAAAGGGCCGUGUUAGUAGGCAGUUGACCACAGUACUGCUAGAAGCUCUUGCCCUCACUGGUAAAUAACGAGAAGAAAUAUUGUAUAUUUUUAACUCAUUAAUCAACCACUUUGUGCAAUGUGAAUUGAUAGUCAUUGCGGACCUAUAUAUGUUAGAUGAUGUGCAUUAUGUGAA